CUGUGCUUUCCUAAUACAUAUAUACAUAUAUCUACGAAGUAUUCAAUUCCAUAGAUCAUCGAGUAUAAUUUGGUUCCUGGCCCCGGCAGAACAUCCCCCCACCGCCGUCCCUUUCUAUACGGAGUGCGGAUCAACUACCCCCCAUAACCUUAUCACUUGCCUUCUAUCCCAGGCACCUGCAUUGCAUUCAUCGCACUGUCUAUUUACCCCAAACAUUCACUUCAUCUUAAACUGUGGUUUCUCCCAACGAUACUUGAAUACCCUCUCUUCUCAUGGCAGACGUCACUCUCCCCGAUGGCGCUGCGUCGCCCAGGGAGGAUCAUCCCCCGUCGAGCGCUGGGUCGCAGCCGGCCGCGCCCCUCGAAGCAGCUCCUCCCGCACCACCAGUCAUGUCCGAUGAGCUGAAGGCCCGCUUGGACAAAGUCAUUUAUUCCGAUAUCGGUAUUACAACACUCCUGACUCGAUUGAAGCAAAGCGUCGCAUCCGCCAGAGAUUAUUCGACGUUUCUGAAGAAGAGAGCGGCGCUGGAGGAAGAACAUGCUCAGGGUCUGAGGAAGUUGUCACGUUCUCUUUACGACGCUGCGCAGCGCUCUGAAAACCGUCAAGGAACAUAUGGCAACAGCGUUAAUGAACUUCACCGUUUUCACGACCGAAUGGCCGACCAUGGCCUGCAGUUCUCCGUCUCCCUUCAACAGAUGGCCGACGAUCUCCACGAGCUCGCGUCGAAUAUCGAAAAGGGCCGUAAGCAGUGGAAACAGACCGGACUCACUGCGGAGAAGAGGGUUGUGGAAGCAGAAACGGCUGCAGAGAAGGCCAAGGCCAAAUACGAUUCACUGGCAGAGCAAUAUGACCGAGUGAAGACGGGCGACAAGCAUGGUGGCAAGUUUGGUCUCAAGGGACCCAAGUCGGCCGCUCAGCAUGAAGAGGAUCUGCUUCGAAAGGUUCAAAAUGCGGACGGUGAUUACAGUUCGAAGGUCCUGGCUGCGCAGGCAGUCCGGCAAGAAUUGGUUUCUACCCAUCGACCUCAAGCCGUACUCAACAUCCAGCAGUUGACCCGAGAAUGUGAUGCUGGCCUUACACUGCAGCUACAGAAGUUUGCAACAUUCAACGAGAAACUGCUGCUUGGGCAAGGAUUGUCCAUCAGCCCUGUGAAGGACAGCCCAGCGGUUGGACCCAGGAGCCUCUACGAGGUCAUCUAUACAAUCGACAACCAAAAGGACUACCAUGACUAUGUUUUGAGUCAUGAAGGUAACCCUGCCGCUGUGACGAAAGAACAGCUUAAAUACGAGUGCCAUCCAACUCUGGCCUCGUCAUCUGGAGCUGUCGUCCCGGCUGCUCAAACCAGCACACAAAAUAAACGCCAGUCCUUCUUACCUCAGUCUUUCUCUCAACAACGUCUCGCUUCCCCUCAAAGCUCUCCUCAGCCAUCACCGGCACCGGCACCUGCAUCUGCAUCUGCACCUGCACCUGCGCCGGCUCCUGUUGACCAAAAGCCAGUGUUGCCCUAUCCUCAAGAGCCAGAACCAUACUCCAACCCGUCCUUCCAGCCCCCUUACCCUGCCUCUGCACCACUGCCUGUUCAAGAGCAGCACCCAGUGGCCCCGCCUCCCGUCGGGGCACCACCACCAAGCAAUGGUUUGCCGCCGGUCAUGCCAGUCUUUGGCAUUUCUUUAGACGAUCUAUAUGCCCGAGAUGGAACAGCCGUGCCAAUGAUUGUCUAUCAAUGCUUCCAGGCUAUAGAGCUCUUUGGCCUUGAUAUGGAGGGAAUUUACCGGCUAUCGGGCAGUGCAACCCAUAUCACCCACAUGAAAUCCCUUUUCGAUAACGAUUCGACGCAGGUGGACUUCACCAAUCCCGAGUAUUUCUAUCACGAUGUCAACAGCGUUGCAGGGUUGCUGAAGCAAUUCUUCCGAGACUUGCCUGAGCCGCUUUUCACUACGCAGUUCUACCCCGACUUCAUCAAUGCAGCUCGCAUUGAUGAUGAUAUUCAACGCCGUGAUUCGUUGCAUGCCCUCAUUAACAACCUUCCUGAUGCCCACUAUGCCACGUUGAGAGCCUUGGUUCUGCAUCUUAACAAGAUCCAAGAGCAUUAUACCCAAAACCGCAUGAAUGCCGGAAAUAUCGCUAUCUGUUUCGGGCCGACUCUCAUGGGCGCCAAUUCUACCGGCGCCAUCGCGGACGCCGGCUGGCAAGUCCGCGUUAUCGAGACAGUCUUGGUCAAUACUUUCCAGCUCUUUGACGACGAUUGAUGUGCCCCUUUUUCUUUCCUUUCCUUUCAUGCCAUUCGACUGAUUUCGUUUGAAAAUAUUCUACACCUGAAGAGCUUCGGAUUUCAUCGUCUGUCUUCUUGUGUAUAAUAUGCUGGAUGCUUGACUUUCUUGAUUCCUUGCCGCAUUGACUUUCCGUUUAUUGAGGUUUAUAUUGUAAAUAGUGAUCGCUAGCACGCUCUUCACCGGCUAAUGUUUAUAAAGGCCACGAAAUCACGCUUUUCUUUUUCCAGUACGCCAUUUCUAUUGUAUGAGUAGAUAGGAAAGUGGAUAGAUAAGUACAUAAUUACAAAAAAACAAGAAAAAAAAAAAAAAAAAAAAAAAAAAAAAAAAACCCAAAAAAAAAAAAAAAAAAAAA